GGGGCCUGUACGUUGCCUGUGGUAUACCUGGGUUUUCUCUGGGUGCUGUGAUAUCCUCCCACGGUUCGAAGAAGUACCAAUUGAUUGGAAACAUGGAUGGACAUUAUAUCUUGCGUGAUUCCAGACAUUUCAGAAGCAGGACACGUAUGAAGAAGAGGUUGCUGUGGGAACCACAGUUGAAGUGGGUGGAGUGGCAGAAGUUCUACCGCAGAUACAACCGGGCACCAGUUCCAGUGCGGAGUGAUGGGACCAACCAGGAGCUUGCAAAAACCAAAGACAAGAUUGAAAGCAUUGUCUCCAAUGUCAGUUACACCAAGGAAAAAUCUGAUGACUCCAUGCUCUUUAAUGACCCUUACUGGCCCCUACAAUGGGAAUUGUAUAACCGAGGACAAUAUGGGACACCCAAAAGAUUUGACCUCAAUGUUAUGCCUGUCUGGAAGAGAAAUAUCACUGGGAGAGGAACUGUCGUUUCAAUUAUUGAUGAUGGUGUUAAUCCCGCUAAUCUUGACCUGAGGAAAAAUAUAGAUCUACAGGCCAGCUUUGAUAUCCGUAGAGCUCAUGGAAUAUUCCAGAAGAACACUAUUUUCAGUAGAAAGAAGCCGUUUCAUCAUGGUACUCGAUGUGCUAGUGAGGUUGCAAUGGAGGCCAAUAACUCCUUUUGUGGCGUGGGCAUCGCUUACAAUGCAAGGGUUGGAGGUAUUCGCUUGUUGGGCGGUCUUAUUACGGACGCUACAGAAGCCACAGCUUUCACUUACAACAAUGAUUACAUUGACAUCUACAGCUGCUGUUGGGGGCCAACAGAUAAUGGCAAGACUCUGGGUGGACCAAAGAAACUUGGCCAAAAGGCCUUGCAGUUUGGAGCAAGAAAGGGACGUAAAGGCAAGGGAAGUAUUUUUGUCUGGGCGUCUGGCAAUGGUGGCUUGUUCAACGAUCAUUGUGGAGCAGAUGGAUUUGUCAACAGCAUCUAUACCAUUCCCAUUGGUGCAGUCACACAGGAGGGCCUUCCAGCAAUUUAUGCAGAACCUUGCCCCGCUGUCAUGGCUGUUACCUUAAAUGGAGCCACCAAAGAAAUUCUGAAUGAUCUUCCUUUGGUGACAGCUACCAACAGCGUGAGGGGGUGUGAUUCACAUUUCCGAGGCACCUCGAGUGCUGCUCCACUGGCUACGGGAAUCCUGGCAUUGGUCCUGGAAGCCAACCCUGAUCUAAGCUGGAGAGACGUGCAACACCUGAUUGCAAAAACUGCAAAGAUACCCAACCCCUUGAAAGCCGGCUGGCACGUCAAUGGAGGAGGUUAUCACGUCCACCACAGUUACGGGUUUGGACUGAUGGAUGCUGGGUUAAUGGUCGAGCAAGCCCUUCUCUGGACUCCUGUAAACCCUCAGCGGAUGUGCUCAGAAGAAUUGCCACUUGACCCUGUGAUAAUUAUUCCAGCUGGCAAAAGUGUGAACCUCCAUCUCACUACAAAUGCUUGUGAGGGCACUGCUAGAGCCAUCAAUACACUGGAGCAUGUGCAGGCUGUUGUUAGCAUUACCAGCGUCUGCAGGGGUGACCUCAGUGUUGACCUGAUCUCUCCCUUUGGAACAAAGUCACAGCUUCUGAGCACACGGAUGUUUGAUUUGUCUCAAGCUGGCUUGAGUAAAUGGACCUUUAUGUCAGUGCAUUCGUGGGGGGAGAAUCCACUCGGCACCUGGACACUGAAGGUAUUGGACAACAAAGGUACAGUCAUUGACUGUCAUCGGCCUGACAAUGAAGUCAAUGCGACAACCGUGCGACAGUUCAAACUUGUCCUUUGGGGAACAUCUGAAAAUGACAAAGGAUCAACUGAAGAUGUGAAUCUGAAGGAAGAUCUCCAGAAGGAUGAAGAAAAGCAGUUGGAUGAGGAUGAAUUCAUCUUGGAGAACAUCGCAAGAGUAGAUGUUGAUGACAUUCCCCUUGUUUCCAAGCAGAAGGGCAGAUGGUCAACAACUUGAGAAGAUUUUAAAAGUGCA